AUGCAGAUGCAGCACGGAACAAUCCAACUGUUGUUGGAAGGACAUGAAUGGAUCAACCAACGUCCUGUUCUGCAGGUGCUGAAGAAGCAUCCGUCGUUCACGACUGGGACAGGAACGCUGUACACGCUGGCCGAUGCAGAUGGGACCAUCGAUGCCAACGUCACUGCUUCCGCGAAUGCGGCCGGACUGGGUGACGCGGUGGAACUCCUCGCAUGGGAUGCGCAGCGGUGUCAGGAUUCAACGAUGCUUCACGUUCAGAAUUGGGUGGUGCGGGCAGCAUCCGGCGCACCCGGCACAGGGCCCGAAGACUUGCGCCGAGCGCCGACGCCACUGAGGCACCCACAGCCGACGAGCUUUGCUGUGGAUGCUAGCCAUGGGCCAGGCCCGGGGCCAGGCCCGGGGCCAGGACAGUUCGCUGAGAACCCCUACAGCAGACAGUUUGGACAGGACGGCAGGCAAUUUGGACAGGACUCGUACUACGUCUCGCUGAGCCAGGAUCCUGAACGCGAGGCCACCGAGCGCCGCAACUCUCCUGCCGAGCCUCUGGCACAGAGGGAGCCGGAGGCGCCGCGGAGUGGGCACCACGGAACGACUGCUUCGACGUACAGCUGGCAGCCUUCCUCGGUGCCACAAGGAGCUCGGACACAGUGCCCUCCAGAAGCCAUGGCUGGGCAGACAGACCAGUCCAACCUCCAGGUGCCCCAGCACUCCCUGCACAGCUUUUCCGAUCCUCAAAGCUGGCAAAGCGGCAGCCCCUGCCGUGCCAACCGCGGAAGCGCUCAACAGCUGGCUGGGGAGCCAGGCCUCCCCCCGGCCCACUGGCCGUCGGAUCAAGCUGCUCCCCAAAUGCAGAACCAACAGCAGACGUGGCCGCAGCACGGAGCGCUGCAGUUCGAAGCUCCGUGGGGUGCCCCACCUGGAGGCCCCCGGCAUGGCCCGGGCGCGCAUGGCACGCAGCAGAGUGCCCCGCACGCCCCGCACAGUAUCUCACAGGCUGCUCAAGCCGUGCGACCUGGCACGCCGACGGGCGUGCAGCAGCACAGCAUGCUGGAAAACUCUCCCUCACGCGUGGCACCUGCCAUUGGCGGUGCUGGCCUCCCCCCGGCCCACUGGACGUCGGAUCAAGCUGCUCCCCAAAUGCAGAACCAACAGCAGACGUGGCCGCAGCACGGAGCGCUGCAGUUUGAAGCUCCGUGGGGUGCCCCACCUGGAGGCCCCCGGCAUGGCCCGGGCGCGCAUGGCACGCAGCAGAGUGCCCCGCACGCCCCGCACGCCCCGCAGAGUAUCUCACAGGCUGCUCAAGCCGUGCGACCUGGCACGCCGACGGGCGUGCAGCAGCACAGCAUGCUGAAUAACUCCCCCUCACGCGUAGCGCCUGCCACUGGUGCUGUCAACUACGACGGUGCUCCUCCAUCUUCCACGCGAUUCUCAACCCAGGCAGACAGAAACAAGAGCAGCUGGACCAUCAACGGCCUGUCCUCCUACAAGGGCACGAACUGGCGGCUGCUUGCCCGCGUCACGAAGAAGACAUUGAAGCGCAAGUUCAAGAAGCCGGAGCGCGAAGGGCAACUCUUCAACGUUGACCUCAUGGACAAAGAGGGUACAGAGACCCGCGCCACAUUCUUCAACCAAGCGGCGGACAAAUUCUUCGAUGUCUUGCAGGAUGGUCAGAUGUUUGUCUUUAGCGGCGGCAGGGUGAAGAGCGGUGACAAACGCUUUCAUUCGUUUGAUGUGGAGAUCACGUUCGAUGAAAAGGCGGCCAUCGAGCCUGAGGUGGACACUGGCGAAGUUCCAAAAUUGGCGAUCGAGCCGCUGGAGUCAUUGGCCUGCCUCGAGAGCCAGGAGGAGAAGGCACUUGUCGACCUCGUGGCGGUCAUUGUGGAGGCCCCUGCGCCUUUUGAGUUCACGAGGAAGGACAGCAGCCAAAGCAGGCGCCAAAACCUCACUUUGCUCGACGACUCGGGCGUGUCUUGCAACCUGACCUUGUGGGAGGAGUUCUGCUCGCCGGACUGGCAGGUCGGAAGUGUCCUGUUGAUCAAGCGCGCGGCCGUGAGCAACUUCGGGGGCAAAAGCUUGAACAGCAAAGCCGCCUCGCAGUUCCUUCAAGGGGACCAGGCCUUUGGAAUCCACCAGCGAGCAGAGCAGCUCUCGAGGUGGUACCAGGAGCAUGGUGCUGCAGCGCUGGCAACUGCCAGGCCGCUGUCCGAGAGCCGUCGCCCCGCCAUGCUUCAAACAAUCGAAGAGAUGAAGGCUGAUGCGGUGAGCCUGGAGUCCCCCGGCGCAGACCUUGGCCCAGAAGGUCGAGCAGAAGGCGGCCGGCCGCUGCAAAAGUACCACACACUCUCGCCGGUCACAGUCAGUGCUAUUCCACACGAGAAGCCAUCGUUCUACAUGGCCUGCGCAGAAGAGGUGCCCGACGACAAGAGGGAGGGCCGGAUGCGAGCUUGCAACAAGAAGAUGGAGCCAGCAGGGAACAGCUGGACUUGCACAGCAGGCCACAGCUGUCAGGAGCCGACGGCGCGAUGGAUUUGCUAUUUCUCCGUCUCCGACCACACUGGAACCCAGUCCAUGAGCAGCUUUGAUGACGUCGGGCAGGUUCUCAUGGGCUGCAAG